AUGGGGAAGAAAAUAAAAACAGGGAAAGCGAGGAAGGAUAAGUUUUAUUUUCUUGCAAAGGAAACUGGAUUCCGAUCUAGAGCAGCGUUUAAGUUGAUCCAGUUAAAUCGUCGCUUCAAGUUUCUAAAUUCCUCCAAAGUUCUAAUAGACUUAUGUGCUGCUCCUGGAGGCUGGUUGCAAGUUGCAGCCAAGGAAAUGCCAAUGACCAGCCACAUUUUAGGAGUAGACUUGGUGCCUAUUCACCCUAUUCCAAAAGUUAAGACAUUUAUUGCCGAUAUAACAACUGAUAAAUGCAAGCAGAUUCUGCGAAACGAGUUAAACGAUUUAAAGGCUGAUGUCGUCUUACACGAUGGUGCUCCGAAUGUGGGGGCUGCCUGGUCAAUCGAUGAAUAUGGCCAAGCUGUACUUUCGCUCAAUUCAUUUGCGAUUGCAACUGAGUUCUUACGCAGAGGUGGCUGGUUUGUCACUAAGGUUUUUAGGAGUCGAGAUUAUGAACCGCUUAAGUGGGUUCUAUCUCAGUUUUUCCGGACUGUACGUGCUAUUAAACCUGAAGCCUCUCGACUCGAAUCUGCAGAAAUCUUUCUUGUUGGACAGAAUUAUAUCGCUCCUGCACGUAUCGAUCCCAAGUUCUUGGAUGCACGACAUGUGUUUGGGGAGGUUGAUGCACCAAAAGAUCGCGCUGCGUUGGUUUCCACUUUUUUGAAGGAAAGCCGCAAAAAGAAAGCUGAAGGUUAUGAUGAGGGAGACACAUUGUAUCAUGAGCUCCCACUUUCUAAAUUUUUGGAGUCAAGUGAUCCUCUGGAGGCUCUUGCGAAAACUAACAAGGUUAUUUUUGAUGUUCCGGAAAUUGCAUGCCACCCAUUAACUACUGCUUUGAUCAAGGAAGACUUUAAUGAUAUUCAAGUCCUUGGGAAGAGCGAUAUUAAAAAUCUUCUCAAAUGGAGGAUGAAAAUUCUCAGUAUCUUUAAAGCUGAAUCAAAAGAGUCCAAAGACAGUAUUGAAGAAUCUACUCUUCCUAAAAGGGGUACUGAUGAAGAUGAAGAGGAUUUGGAAGUCGAGACACAAGUUCAAAGGUUGUUGGACGAGGAAGAAAAACUAAAGAAAAAAAAAAUGAAAAAGGUUAGAAAAGAGAAACGAAAACUUGCAGAACGCUAUGUACUAAAAAUGUCACACGAAUCUGACUAUAUUGAACAAAAUGAUGACGAGUUGUUUUCCUUAGCUGCUGUAAAGGAUUUAGUUGGUUUAGAAGAGUCUAACAAAUUGUCAGGGGACACUAGUAACACUGGUGUAGAUGAUUUAGCACGUGAACAAAUCGAUGCUGCUUUGAAAGCCAAACGUAAACGUUUAGCUGAUGAAUGGUGUUCAGCAGUAGAAGGGAAAAAACGUGUUCAUUUUGAGAGGCGUUCUGGCAAUCAAUCUGAUGAACAUUUGUCUGACAGUGAACUGUUUGGUGAAAUUUAUGCCCAUAACCAACGUGAUGAUUUGUAUCUGAGUUCUGAAGAAAGCAGUGAAGGUGAGUCGGGUAAAGAAAAUCGUGAAGAUCGAAAAUCAACCUUAAGUUCCGAAGAAGAAUCCUCAGAAAUCGAUGAGGAUUCAAAUAGUACCAGUUUAUCGAAUUCGCCUUCUUUAAAAUCCUAUUCGAAUGACAGGAGGGUUAAAUCCAAACGAAAAAUGAUCCUACCACCUGGAUUAGCAUUAUCUACUUCUGAACAAGGUAAAAGGAACCCUUUGCUCGUAGAUUUGGACGAUUCUGAAGAAAUUGUCAAGAAAAAACGCAAAAUAGAGUCAUGGUUUGGUUCGGAUGAAAUUCAAGAAAUACUUGCUCCAUUGGAAAAAGAAGACGAGAAUAUUUCGACGGUCACUUCAACUAAAAAGUCUAAGUCUGAGUAUGCAUCAGAUACUGUGAUAAAGAAAGAGAAACGCGAAAAGAAAGCGGUUAAUGAUGAAACUAUCGGUUUACAAGAUAACUGUGUGUCACCAUCUUCAGAAAUUUCGAUACCUAAAGUUUCAUCUGAAAAACUUGAGAAACCAUUACACCGUAUACGACGUCUCAAUCGCCCAUUAACUGCAGAAGAGCGUGCCAUAGCCACUCGUCUUAUUCAGUCUGCAAAAUCUAGACGUGAACUACUUGAAUCAGGAUAUAAUCGUUAUCAAUUCUUUGAAAAGUCCUCUGAUUUGCCCGAUUGGUUUAUUGAAGAUGAAAAGAAACAUAUGAGAAAACCGAUAAUGGUUAAAAAAGAGGAAAUCCCGGUCGAUGUACCUACGAUGGGACGUUCUCUUUCAAAAGCGGAACAAGCCAAAGCACGUAAAAAGGCUCGUCUAGCCAAACGUUUAAAACGAAUUCGUCAGAAGGCAGAAGGUAUAUCUGAUGAAAUACCAGAAACUGAAAAGUGGCAACAAAUAAAACAACUUUAUAAGAAAGCUGGCCUGUUGAAAAAGAAGCGUCGCCCUCUUCAUGUAAUUGUAAAUACAAAAGCUGGUUCGCGUAGCGGGGGAACUAAACCUCAAAAAGGGGCUAAAGUCAAAAUUGUAGAUAAAAGAAUGAAAGCAGAUUUACGUGGACAGCAAAAAGCUAAAGAUGGAAAAAAACAUGGAAAGCGUAAGAAUAAAGUUGGGCGUCCUGGAAGGCCAAAAAGUCGAGGAUUCGGAAAGAGACGUUAA